ACGACAUUGACUUAGUGCAUGGAAGUAGUCAGCAUGUCGCCUCCGAUGUCGUUGUUUGAAACAACGUUGCUCAUGACACUGAUCCCUUCAGCAAGCGCAGCAACUGCAGGAAAUAUUCUUGGCGGCAAACCAUCAACUGAUCCAAAAGGAAAUGAUGAACUGUCGGAUACGUGUAUGUUUACUGAUGCACAACCAACACCUUACUGGCAGGUGGAUCUACAGGGCUACUAUGACGUCCACAACAUCACCUUGGAAACAUGCUGGGGAUCAUGGGGAUGGAAAACACGGUCAGUUAAGAUCCAGACUUACUUCAGCAACCCUAACCAGUGUCCUGGUGCUGUCGGCUUUCUCUAUGGAACAACACCAGCAGGUACAGGCGAGUCACAGACUCACGUAUUCCACGCCACUCCUACAUACCGUGUUCGGUACAUUCGACUCGUUGCCACAACGCAACCAGAUCUGGGUCUGAAGGAAGCAUUGGCUAUGGGCACUCCCACAAAACGUGGUGCAGCAUCCAAGUUUUCAGCCACCCCGGGGAAGAAGGUACAGACUGCUUUGACCUCCAUUACGACGACUAUAGCCAGUGAGUGUGCAGUCAAGUGUCACGUGACUGAGUCCUGCCUCGCUUUCGCUUUCAAUCCUUCUUUGACAGAAGACAACUGUUUUCUCUCCGACUGCUCGAGCACAACCGACGAGAUUGGUUGGACUGUCUGGAUCCUAGACCCGGGGUCUUUCAACACACAACAGAACUGUUGAAGCAAGAUUUGCGAUAGUUUAUUUGUGAAGUUAUCAAUGAUAAAAAUGUGAUAUAGGGUACACAGUAAUUAUUUCAUACCACAUGCUAGUUUAUCUGUCUUGAGAGGCUAUUACCAGGGUAUAGAUGAUUGGUACAAUAUAUACCCACAUAUUUCCUUCAUUAUAUCAAGUUGUUAAUUCAUGGCAAGUCUAAGACCUGCAUCACUUCGGGCUUUCCUCCCACAUUAAGCUGACACGCCGCGAUAUAACUGGAAUAGUGUUAAAAGCGGCGUUAAACCCAACUCACUCACUAUUCAUGGCAAACUGAAAGGCCAUAGGCCAAUAGUCAAACGUAUUUACAAAUUAUGCGUGUUUCUUCGAACUAACAACGCAUGAUGUAUGUACAAUGUAUGUACAAUGCAAUAUUUUGUAUUAAAACAUUUCACUGAUUACAUAAUCUGUUCCAGCUGCUUUACUACAUUUCAAAUUACGAAUAUUCUCUCCUAUUUCCUCACUGCUGAUAGGGGCAUUAAAUAUGUCAUCAGUGACAGACACAACCUAGUAAGUACCAGUAUAUUCAUCCGUUACUUUCAGUGUUCAAGGUGUGUGUAUCUGCCUCAUAAAAAGGAGAUAUGUCUGGCUCUGCAAUACUGAACAGGUAUUUAAAAUACUCGUACUAAGUCAUAUACCGAGUAUAUCAUGAAAUAUGUCACACCGAACAAACAUAAAGAAUGUAUAGCAAAAUAUCAUAUAGGAAAGACGCCAACUCUAUGAGUGAGUGAGUGAGUUGGGUUACCUCCGCUUUUAACAGUAUUUCAGUUAUAUCACG